GAUGUUUACGGAAGUGAACGUUUCACAAUUUACGAGUCGAGCUACUUCUUUUGAACUCAUAAAGCAAGUUUGCUGCUGAUUGUGGCCUCCUCAUCAGAAUGUCAGCUCCUCCGACAGAAGAGCUGGUCACACUGUGGGAAAGCGAGCAGGAGCGUCUCAGGUGGCAGGUGGUGGACGACGACACAGAGGACUGGCAGAGGAGUCCGGACUUCUCAGGCCUGGAGCGGGUCGGCGGCGUGGACCUCUCCUUCAUCAAAGGCGACGACGUCAACGCUUGUGCUCAGCUGGUGGUGCUCAGUUACCCUGACCUGGAGCUUCUGUACGAGGACAGCCACAUGGUGGCCCUGACGGCCCCCUACGUUGCCGGCUUCCUGGCCUUCAGGGAAACUCCGUUCCUCAUGGAGGCGCUGCAGCGGCUGAAGACCAACCAGCCGACGCUCACACCUCAGGUGGUGUUUGUGGAUGGAAACGGUCUCUUCCACUACAGAGAGUUCGGACUGGCGUGUCACCUGGGRCURCUGUCGGGGCUUCCCUGUGUGGGCGUGGCCAAGAACCUGCUGCAGGUGCAAGGUGUGGAUARGAACGAYGAGCACCAAUCACAAAUCGCCUCCCUGCAGAAAGGAGGAGACAGUUUCCCGCUCACGGCCGCCCCYGGCAAAGUCCUGGGAAAGGCGCUGAGGAGCUCCGACAAGAGCUCCAAACCAGUUUAUGUUUCUGUGGGUCACAAGAUCAGCCUGGACACCGCCGUCCGCCUCACACACUCCUGCUGCCGCUACAGAGUACCUGAGCCCAUCCGACAG